AUGACCCAAGCCUUCGACAGUUGGUCUCAAUGGCUGAAGCGCCCAGUGCAUGGAACCCUAUAUGGACAAGCCUUGCACACUCUUCAACCACCACAAGGCGCUCGAGGCACAGUGCUUGUUUGGCUGAAGAAUACCGCCGACUAUGUCAAGACCUACAAGGACAACGAUCAACCUAUGAGACUGAAGAAAGAAUACAAGAACCACUGGGACUCAAUGUGCGCAAUCUACUUUGUGUAUGACACCUAUCAGACUCUGCACACACUUCAAUGGAUGCUGGACCGCCAGAAAGUGCAGAGAGUGCACGCUCAAGAUUUCUGGGCAACCACUAUGGAAGUGCCAAAGUGGUUCAACAGAUUCAAUAGCAUGACCUUGAUGGACAUCACCACACACUUCCACGGCAAAGCGCGCGCAGUCCGUGAACGGCGUGGCAACUGUCUAGUCCAUCAACCUGGAACUCGUCUUUGGCGUGUCUAUGUGACCCUGAACCAAGGAGGAAGUUUCCUCUCUCUGUCAGAGGAGAUGGUGAUUGAAGAAGAUGAUUUGGCAUCAAUCUGGUCUGUGGUUGAGGAGGCCGAUGAGAAGGAAUUGCGCCAAUUCAUAGAUGAAAAGGCCUUCACCAAGAUCCCGCUGUCCGACGUCAUUGAUGACCCUAACGUUGUCAUCAUCGAUGGCGUUUGGGUGCGAUGUUGGAAGAUCAAGCUCGGCAAGAAGAUUGUGAAGUCUCGCAUGUACGCUCGGGGUUGUUUUGACACACAGCCUAUGGAACUGGCCACAAGAAGCGCCACGGCAUCUCGGCUUAGUCAGAGAAUCCUCAUGUCCACUGCCGCCGUGAUGAAUGAAGAACCAGAAGUUGUUGCUGAAGCAGGGCAUCAAGACGCCAGUAAGGUCAGUUGUGGUCGUACCACCUCCCAAGUGCUGGCGACGUUUGGCAAAGGCUCGAACCUUGAAAGAUUCCUCAAUACGGGUUGA